AUGAGUGGACUAGAGUCGCAGUUAGGGGCCUUAAGGUCGAUCUCGCAAGCCGUAACAGAGCCGUCGAAGAGACCCUACACACGCCCUUCGAUUCUCUUCAGUGCUAAAGAAGCAGCAGAUUUCGAUAUCGAGUCUAUCUACGAACUUGGCCUCAAAGGUCUCGAAGUGCUUGGAAACAAAGAUGAGAGGUUUAAGAAUUACCUGAGCGAUUUGUUUAGUCACAGAAGCAAAGAAAUCGAUAGGGAAUUGAUGGGUAAAGAAGAAAAUGCUCGGAUUAAUGCAUCAAUCAGCUCCUACCUACGGUUACUCUCCGGCUAUCUUCAGUUUCGCGCUUCCUUGGAGACGCUUGAGUAUCUCAUCCGAAGAUACAAGGUUUAUAUAUACAAUUUGGAAGAUGUGGUUUUAUGCGCUUUGCCGUAUCACGACACACAUGCGUUUGUGCGUAUUGUUCAGCUGCUUUCACCUGGGAAUACCAAGUGGAAGUUUCUGGAUGGUGUGAAAAACACAGGUGCUCCACCUCCAAGGUCGGUUAUUGUUCAGCAGUGUAUACGUGAUAAGCAGGUCUUGGAGGCCUUGUGUGACUAUGGGUCUCGGAAUAAGAAGUAUCAGCCUUCGAAGCUCGUGGUCAGCUUCACCACUGCUGUUGUUGUCGAGGUUCUAGGCUCUGUUGCAACGGUUGAUGGAGAUAUUGUAAAGCAGAUUUUACCAUUUGUGGACUCUGGUCUUCAAUCUGCUGUGAAAGGAUGUUUAGACCAGCAGGCUGGUGCGUUAAUGGUUGUUGGCAUGUUGGCUAACAGAGCAACGCUAAAUGAUAAUCUUGUCAAACGCUUUGUGAGGUCAAUCAUCGACAUUGCUCGUGAACAUGCCAAAGAAUCCUCUGAUCCUCAUAUGCUUCGAUUGUCGUUUAUGGCAUUGGUUAAUUUUGUUCAGUUACAAUCUGUGGACGUGAUCCCUAAGAAAGCUUUGGACCUUUUAAAAGAAAUAAGGGAUAUUUCUGGUGUCCUUUUGGGCUUGUCCAAAGAGUUCAACAUCAAGAGAUUCCUGGCAGUGCUACUUAAUUCUCUUCUUCUUUACAGUUCGUCUGAUGAUGAAUGUUGCGAAGUUUUAGUUUCGAUAAUUGAUAAUGUUCCAGUAAACAACUUUGUUGAUCAUUUGGUCUCCAAGCUCUUCUCAAUGUGCAUGACACAAUACCAGAAGAACACUACAUCUGGGAGCUGGGCCAAGAAAAUUCUGGUUGUUGUUAGCAAGAAAUAUUCUGUUGAACUACGUGCAGCGGUUCAAAAGUUUAUGGAGGAUACUAAAGUUCAAUCGAAGAAAGAGGAUUUGAAGCUAGAGAUGUUGUCUUCUAUGCUGGAUGGGAAUUUAGACAUGUCCCAGCCGUUUUUGGAUUCAAAGUUGUGGUUCCGGCUCCACCAUCCCAAGGCUGCUGUUCGUUGUGCUGCGCUUUCUAGUCUAAACGGUGUUCUCAACGCUGAUAAUUCUAAGGCAGAGAACCUUGUCACAAUUCAGGAUGCUAUACUGCGCCAGCUUGAGGACGAUGAUCUGGCUGUUGUUCAGGCUGCCCUAUCUCUUGAUCAGUUGCCGAACAUAGUAACCUCUUCUAGUCUUUUGGAUGCUUUGCUUCAUGUGGUGAAACGGUGUGUCGGGAUUCUCCAAUCAGGAGUAUCACAUAAUGUUCAACUCGCAGCUGAUGUCGUUGCAUUAUCUAUUAAAACUGCUGUCUCAAGCUUUUGUAAUCAAGACUCUACUGAGAAAGUUGCCUCUGCAAUGUUCCCAUUUCUCUUAAUUCAGCCGAAGACUUGGAAUUUAAACCUACAAGUGCUGAAAUUGGGGAAGGAUGUUAACUGGCCACUUUUCAAGAAUCUUGUUGCUGAUGAUGGAAUGAAAAAGCUUCCAGAUAUCAUGUCUGGAAACAUAUCUUCCAUAAGCACGGAUAUCAUCAAUAAUUUGGGGGAAGCACUUUCCUUGGAUCCAGAUGAACGUAGGAUUGAGCUUAUUGAGAGUGCUUGCAACUUUAAGCUCUCUGAAGUUUUGGAAUCAUGCAGCAAUAUCAAAUUGACAGGACAGGAAUGCAGCAAGUUGAAGAAGGGACUGUUGAUCCGUGAAAGUUUGUCUGCACUGAACAUGGAUAUCAUUAACAAGCUGGUGGAAGCGUUUAUGAUACACCCUGGUGAUGUUAUUCAGUGGCUUACCGUCAGUUGCCAAGAUGCACCCUUGUCAAAGACGCUGUUUUAUAUGUUGUUGAUGCAGUCAAUUCACAAGAUGGAUUCAUCUGACCCUAGUCAAUUUUUGGAUCUUUUCGAGCUUUGCUUUUCUGUUUUGAAGACCGAGUGGGAAGAACUUGAGGUUGCAGUUGAGGUUUCUUUGAAAGAGCUGUCGAAAAGCAACUGCCAAGAACUCUUAUAUCAACUCUUUGAUACCUCUGAUUUUGCUGCCCUGAAUUCAAAGCUUCUGAUCUGCUUGUUUUGGAAGUUGGUCGAGUCAUUCAUUAAACUUGAACCGGCCCAUGUCACGUCGGUUUUUAGCAAAAGGUUGUGCAGCGGACUUGAAAACUUGUUUUUCUUCUUUGCAACAACUCAAUCACGGCAUGUUUUCAAGGAACACCUUCACUACCGUGUGAGAGAAGCCGAAGUCUGUCCCGUUUUAUUUCUCUCCCGACUUAUAUCGCGAGAAGAUGUUCCUCCUAUGGUCCAAAUUGAAAGUCUCAAAUGCUUUUCGUAUAUGUGCUCCAGCGGGAAUUGUGAAUGGUCGAUUCAAAUAUUCUCUAGCUUUCCUGUACUUUUGGUUCCUGUGUCGAGUAAUAAUCAGGACCUUAAAGUAGCUGCUAUGAAUUGCAUUGAGGCGCUCUACAACCUACGUUCUCGUAUCGACUCUAGCAAAAAAAAUGGGAGCGCUGCAAUCUGUAGCAGUUCUUUUGAUGAUUUGUUGGGAAUGAUUGUUCAACAAAAGAGGCUUAUAUUGUCGGACAAUAAGUUUCUUCCAUCCUACUUGACAUCGUUGCUCAGUUCAACCCCUGAUGACUUGCUAGUGCCAGUUGACCUGCAAAAUAGGUUUGAUCAACCCUCAAAAGAAAACAUUCUUUCGUUCAUUUUAAAGUGUGCGCAAGAAUUUCCUGCGUAUGGAAAGCUUAGAGUUCUAUCGUUACUAAAAGGUCUGGGCAUCAUGCUUCUGAAUGAGGAAAAUGUUAAGUCGUUGACUCAACUUUUAGAGAAACGUAGUCAGUUCUACUUUAAACUGGACAAAACUUCCCCGCCAAUGUUAGACACUGAGGUCGAUUUAUUGUGCCUUCUUCUGGAGUGCUCCAUGAUGCGUUCAGCGCCGUUUAAAGGACACUCACUUGAUGAUCAUAUACUGAACGCACUGAACAUGGAUUGUGUGACAUCUGAACAUCCCGCUGUUAUCUCUCCAUGUCUUACUAUUCUGGAGAAGCUAAGCAAUCAAUUUUAUGCUGAACUGAAGACCGAGGUUCAGAUUCGUUUCUUCCACAAGCUGGUGUCUAUGUUUCGGAGUACAAAUGGCGAAAUACGAAAUGGGGCCAAAGAAGCUAUCUUACGCCUGAAGAUUUCUUGUUCAACGGUGGUCCAUACCCUGGAUCAUAUCACUCAGCAGGAUAAUCUUGUUAUUGAUUGUUUGAGCAAGAAGAAGAAACAGAAGAAAAAUUCAAAUCCAGAAGAGUACGUAAAUGGUGGGGAACGUCUAAGUGGAGAAAAGGCUCUCUGUUUCAUUGCCUCGUUACUUGACAUUCUGCUUCUAAAGAAAGAUCUAGCUCACAGGGAGUCCCUUGUAGAGCCUUUGGUCAAGCUCCUAGGAAGAUCUAUGUCUAAUGAAUGGGUGAAAUUUGCUUCUUCCGCUGAGGAGACCUCUGUCCAACCUCCUCAGGAUGUUGCUGAUCCAACUCAUACCUCUAUUUCUUCCAUCCAACAGACAGUGCUCUUAAUCCUGAAAGAGAUUUUUGAUUCUCUCAAUAUGAAUGAUCUGAAGGCUGACAUAGCGAAUGAAAUCAAUGUCAAAAUGCUGGUUGAGUUUGCUCAUUCAUCAGAUGAUGGAGUCACACGGAAUUAUAUCUUCUCCCUGUUCACGUCAAUUGUUAAAAUUGUCCCAGAUAGAGUUUUGGACCAUAUUAUCAGCAUACUUACACUUGUUGGUGAAUCAACGGUGACACAGAUUGAUAGCCACUCGAAGUCUAUCUUUGAGGAGUUUAUAUCAUCCGUCGUUCCAUUUUGGCUGUCUAAGACUAAGAGUGAGGAGCAGUUGCUGCAGAUUUUUGUGAAAGUGUUGCCUGAUAUUGUUGAGCAUAGAAGGCGUUCGAUUGUAGCCUACUUGCUGGGAGUUAUCGGUGAACAAAAUGGCUUGCCUUCUUUGCUUGUCCUCUUAUUCCAGUCGUUGAUUUCAAGGAAAGACUCAGCUUGGCUUGGUAAUGCCCAGACUUCGGAAAGUCUUACUUCCGUUGUUAAGAGAGAAUGGGAGUAUGCUUUUGCCCUGGACAUAUGCGAACAGUAUUCAUCUUCAACGUGGCUCUCAUCCCUGGUCAAGCUUCUUCAAACUAUUAGCAAAGACAGUUCUAGCAAACAAAGUUUCUUUCAGAUGCGGUUUGUCUUGGAAUUUCUAUUCCACAAGUUGCAAGACCCAGAAUUUGCAUUUGCAGUGUCGCAUGAACCAAGAAAUAGUGUUUCAACAGGCAUUCAGCAAGAACUGCAUGAGCUUAUGAAGGGUUGUAUAUCUCUCCUGCAAAUUGUUGAUGCAACAACGGAGAAAGAUGUGACUUCUGCAGAAAGAAAGGAAAUCAGAACGCGUAUACAUGACAUAUUAAUGACUGUCACAGGAGUCAUGGAUUUGUCUAUAUAUUUCAGAGUUGUUACCAGCUUGCUUCAGCAGCAAUCAGAUCGUAAUGGACCGAAAAAGGUACUUGGGCUUAUCAGUGACAGAGCAAAGGGCACCUCUUCUUCGAAACUGAAACACAAGAGGAGGCUCCCCAAUCAAAAAAGAAGAAAUUCUUGGUUGAACUUGGAUGAGGUUGCUGUUGAAUCUUUUGGAAAGUUGUGUGAGGAAAUUGUCCAUCUAAUUGAUGAGACAGAUGAUGAGUCAGGUGUUCCAGCUAAACGAGCUGCUAUUUCUACACUGGAAGUUUUGGCUAGCAGGUUUCCGACUGAUCAUCCAAUCUUCAGCAAGUGUCUUGCAUCUGUUGCACAAGGCAUCAGCUCAAAGAACUUGGGAGUAUCUUCAAGCUGUCUUCGUACAACUGGUGCACUGAUCAAUGUUCUUGGACCAAAGGCGCUCGUUGAACUUCCACGCAUAAUGAAAAAUUUGGUAAAACAAUCACACGAAGUUUCAUCUGCGUCCAAGAGUGGUGGAAACGCAACAGCCGAAGUGCAGUUGCUUAUGCUAUCUGUUCUAGUCACUUUGGAAGCAGUGAUUGAUAAACUUGGAGGUUUCCUCAAUCCUCAUCUUGGAGAUAUCAUUAGACUCAUGGUGCUGCAGCCUGAAUAUGUUUCCGACUCCGACAAGAAUCUCAAGUCUAAAGCCAAUGCUAUUAGGAGGCUCCUAACUGAAAAAAUAUCAGUUCGUCUCACUCUGCAACCGCUUCUACGGAUAUACGACGAGGCUGUUACUUCUGGAAAUGCAAGCUUGGUGAUAACUUUCGAGAUGUUAGAAAACCUGGUUACGAAAAUGGACAGACCAUCGAUUGUUAGCAACCAUGGGAAGAUUUUUGACCAAUGCUUAGUUGCACUUGAUAUUCGGCGUCAAAAUCCCGCAGCAAUUGAGAACAUUGACGAUGCUGAGAGAAGCGUCACAAGCGCGAUGGUUGCUCUCACAAAGAAGCUAACCGAGUCCGAGUUCAGGCCACUCUUUAUCAGGAGUAUUGAAUGGGCAGAGUCGGAUGUUGUAGACGGAUCCGGGAGUGAAAGCAAGAGUAUCGACCGAGCUAUAUCUUUCUAUGGUCUUGUAAACAGGCUAUGUGAGAGUCACAGGUCAAUCUUUGUACCAUAUUUCAAAUUCGUGCUUGAUGGUAUUGUAUCGCAUCUCACCAGUGUGGAAGCAUCAGUUUCAACCAGGAAGACAAAGAAAGCGAAAAUUCAGAAAACAGAUGACACUAUACCUCCAAAAAGCUGGCAUCUAAGGGCACUGGUGCUUUCGUCCUUGAAGAAUUGCUUCUUGUAUGACACUGGAAGCAUGAAGUUUCUGGAUACAAAUAACUUCCAGGUGCUACUGAAGCCAAUUGUAUCACAGCUAGUUGUUGAACCACCGUCCUCUUUAAAGGAGCAUCCAAAUGUACCAUCGGUGGAAGAGGUUGAUGAGCUGUUGGUUUCUUGCAUCGGUCAAAUGGCAGUAGCGUCAGGCUCUGACCUUCUCUGGAAACCGCUGAACCACGAGGUGCUAAUGCAAUCGAGGAGUGAGAACUUGCGUUCGAGGAUGUUGAGUCUGAGAAGUGUGAAACAGAUUCUGGAAAAUCUGAGGGAAGAGUACCAUGUGUUGCUCGCUGAAACCAUUCCAUUCUUGGGCGAACUACUGGAAGACGUUGAGCUCUCUGUUAAAUCUCUGGCUCAAGAUAUCAUCAAACAGAUGGAAGAGAUGAGUGGUGAAAGUCUGACGCAAUACUUCUGA